AUGUCGAUCGGAUUAGCGGCGGCCCACCCCGCUUCGCAAUACGCGCGUCAGUUCUUGAAGCUGGUGCUACUAACGGGGGGAAUCCUAGCUCUAGCGUUUUGGUUCAGUCCUCUCGUUUUAAUGGACGGCGAUGGCGCCUCGGCAUGGCGCGGCUUCGUCGUUGAUUCUCCCGCAAAUGCCGCCGCAACAACCGCUCCGUGCGACAAAGGCAGCGUCACCGACGCCGCCGCUAUCGGCGCGCGCGAUCUUGUCGACGCGUCCGCCACCGCAUCCGCCGCCGCGUUUGACGCUCGCGCCGUGCAAUUCGGCGGGAAGCCGCUCUGCUGGUGGUCCGGCGACCACGGCGGGUACGGCUGGGACGACGACGCGAGCCGCGAUCGGCGGCGGAAAAAGCGGAAGCACUCCGGCCAGCGGCGCGGGGGGGUGUUGAUGUUCGGAAGCGGGUGCGCGGGGUGCGUUGCGGGGGAGUGGUGUAGCUUCGAGAUCGAAAUUAGACCGCCCGCGAAGUGGGUGUUUGCGGCGACAGAAGCGUUCGUGGACUUUCUUAUAGUGGAGCUGUGGGGGCCUUCUAUCGCGUACGCGGACGUGAAGCGCAUUGGGAGCGACAGCAAGCGAUGGAAGGUGUCUUAUCGAGUCUGGGACGCCGGGGAAUACACCGUCACAGUCAUAUCCGGCUGCACCAAUCUCAACUACACAGCAAAAUUCGCCAAGCAGGGCGUCGAGCCUUUUGCCAACUGGACCCUCACCGUUGCGCACCCAUUCGCAAACCUCCCCAACUCGAGAUAUUCCUCCCAGCUUCCUGCGGAAUCUUCCCCAACUCCUGGCAUCGGGGCAGGAAAUGGGGGGAAACAGGGGCAUCCAGGAGGGGACGUGGAGCGGGUACUAGCAGAGCGGACGGGGAGAGUGCAGGGAGGAGCAGAAAAAGGAGCGGAAGGGGGGAAGGAUGGGGGAAAGAAGGGGGGCUGGAGGGUCGAGCGGAGGGGGGGGAAGGGGGGGAUUGGCUGGCGGAAGCAGAGGCGGAGUGGCAUGAAGCACCAUGCGAUCAGGCUGUUCCUGGCAGGUGGCUCCACGUGGACCAUGCCUACAGGUGAUGUGGCCACGUUCGUUGCAUGCUGA